UUGCCUUAUGAGGAAAAGUUAGACAGGCUAGGCUUAUUUUCACUGGAGUUUAUAGGUGACUUGGUUGAACAUUUUACCAAUGCGAGAUCCUGAGAGGUCUUAGUAAAGUGGAUGUGGAGAAAAUGUUUCUUCUUGUCAGGAAUUAAGGGUCACUGUUUGAAUACAAGAAGUCACCCGUGUAAGACAGAUAAAAUAUCGCUGGUCUUUUAAAAUCCUGGCUAAUGGUGAUCCAUAGGGUGUUGAUGGCACCUUUGAAAUAUCAAUAGAUGGUUCAAUCUCCAGCAGCACAGCAAUCCCUCAGUACAACACAGCAGUAUUACAUAGAUUUUUGCACUUUAGUCUCUCACGCCCAAGUUUCAGCCAUAACAGGCAAGAAUAUUAAAUGAGCAAUUGGAUAACUAUUUGAAAGGAAAAACGUUUGCAGGUCUUUGAGAAAUGAGCAGGUGAAUUAGCAGCUUAGAGUCAAUGGAGUCAUACAGCACAGAAAGAGGCCGUUCGGCCCAGUUGGUCCAUGCCAACCAAGAUGCCCAUCCAAGCUGGUCCCAUGAAGCUCCUGCAAGCACCAUGGACAUUGGAGUAUCGAUGAUCCUCACCACACCGAUAUCCACUCCUUCUGCCUGACUGUUGCCGACUCAAGCAAACUUAAUGAUUUUAGCCCCGCCCCCUGUCCACUGAUUGGCUCACUGACUGAGGGUCGCUCCCAGUCCAUGCGUUUGACAGGUUAAUGUCGCUGUCAGUCAUACCUCGGGUUGGGUUGCGACGGCAGUGGCGCCGGGGGGGGAGUCCGCGGCCUGAGGUAAACAGUCGAGGCCUGGGGCUGGGAGUGACCAUGGAGCCGGGGCCCAGCGUCCUGGAGGUGCUGCUGGACGCCGCGCCGGAGUGGAGGGACGCCGAGGGCCUGUCGCGGCCCAAAGCCACCGGCAGUUACGAGGCGCUGUGCGGGCUGUGGCGGCCGGCCGAGGCGGAGGGCGGCGGCCUGUGCUUCACCGGCCGGUGCAGGGACGCCGGCCGCUUCUGCCGCAGGACGGUGGCCGCUCCGGCCGGGGAAUUCACCGACUUUGUUUGGGAAACAACUGAGCACUUGCAGACUUCAUCCAACAGUGGACGGCUUCUUGCUGUCAGUAACCACAACGAUUUAGGGAUCUACGAGUUCCAUGUCCAGGAUGGCAUCUGUGACGUUACCAACACUCACAGCUGUAGCGAAGAGGCACUAAGGAAGCUGGUUGAAAACAAGAACCUGAGUCUAUCAUCAUCUUUAACUAUGAAGAUUCUGUCAUUUAAAAGCAGCACAUCCUUCAUAUUGCUCGAUAAUUGCACAUUGCUUCACCUGUCUUGGUUAGAAGGUGCUUCUGAAGCAGAUAUUUUAGAUGGCUUUAAACUUCUUCUGCCUCUUGAGGCCGCAGAGAGGAUAGCUGAUGGCCAGAUUUGCCAAGAAAUGCUUUUCCUACUGGACAGUGCAGGCUGGAUUUAUAUCUGUGAUACUGUGGAUGGCAAACAGCUUGGGAAAGUUAAUCUUGCGCUCUGUCGGCCUGGAGUAUUUGAAGAGGCUGGCGAUCCCUGUGACUUAACCUGUCUGAGCAGACUUGAGUUAUCGCCUGACUUGGAUGUUGCUGUGGCUGUGAACCCCUUUAAUUGUGCUAUUUGUGUCAGCUUGAAUAAUUUUUUCAGGGAGCAUCCUGAUCACCUGCAGCGUACCAGUGAAGGUUCUAAUGAUGAAUCUUUGAGAGCGCCCGCUGGCAUAGAUGAGGAUGACCUUGCUAGUUCUGUGUAUAGCGAUAAAGUGCUCAAUUUACCAUUUCAAACAGAUAGAUCCUGGACAGCCCGCUUGGGAGCUUUCUACAAUAAGACGAAAGUACCAUUGGCAGAAAAAUUCCUGACAAGGUUUUCCACUCCCUGGUAUCAUAAUCUCUCCAGUCGGAAUUCAAAUGUUGCAUCCUGUUAUACCAGUUCUUGUAAAUCUAACACUUCUGGACAGAAGGGAGAUGUAAACAGCCAAGAAAGUAAAUGGCACAGAAUUUUGCAACUACAGGGGUUCAAGGAAUCCAUGAGUAUAGAGACGGUGUCUGUUUCUGGAUUCAGUGUUCUAUUCACCCUAGUUGCUCCUGACUCUGGAGCAUUGACUAUCGCAUUCUGGGACUUGGAAACAGAAGAAGUGACAUACCAUCACAUAGAUGGCCAUUCCUUACCAGUAGAAGGAGGCGGCGAAGAUGAAUUAUGCCUGUUUCUCACAGACGCUGGCCUUUCCAUGGUGGUGUUUGGUUUCUCACAAGAAGACCUCCUGAAUCGCUUAAUGAUUUAUGGGAAAGCGGGCAUUGUUGACUCAUUGUGUCAUCGCAAUAAUUGGAAUCGAUGUUCAAUUCCCAUUCAUGCAUUGGAGGCUGGACUUGAGAACAGACAGCUGGACACGGUGGAUUUUUUUCCUGAAGAGCAAAGAAAUCUAUUAUUUUAUGCCCCAGCAGGAUUUUUUAAAGCAGGAAAUUCUGGAGCUGCUCUAACAUCUUGGGCACAAUUAAAAAAUGUUGAGGAAAUUAAGCCAGCUUUAGACUUGCUAUGUUCGGCUAUCAAGGAACAUGAUUCUGAAACUCAGAGCAGACAAUUCUCGGAGCAACUUCUGACCCUUACAAUGACUUUCUCAACAAACAAAUGCAGGAACUUCUAAUGCAGCCAGGAGAGUUGGACGAGCACAAGCAAAAAUGUGUGGACUAUCUCACUGGUUAUAUUAUCAUGCUUCGUAAAUUUAUGAAGAAGUAUCCUCAUACACCACCAAAGGAGAGUGUCACUGAUGGCUGUGAGGAUGAAGAAAAUACAU